AUGCGAUCAGCAGCAGGUGAGUCUGUUGGAGGAGGGAUAGGGGAUUUGAGGAGAGAGGAGCAGCUUAAGUUUAACGAUGUUCUUGAAAGUGGCUUCCCGCCAGCAAGGCCAGUAGGUAGGGGAGGCGCAGCUCAGAUAACUAGAUCCAGCUGGGUCCCCCGACACGUGGUCUUUGGUGCUCUAGCGUCUAGGCACUCCAAGCCUAGGCUGGUCCCACGAAGCCUGUCUCCCGGCCUCUUGGCCAGGGCGCCGUCCGGAGGGCGUGGUCAGCAUGUGGCUCCCGCUUUCUCCGCGCGCCGGGCCGCGGGGACCUCCGGGACGUCUUUUCGCCCUGGCAGGGCCUGGUCUGUUGGGAGUUGGUGGUGGCGGCGGAAGCGCAAACCCAUCCUGCGGAGGAGGGAGAAACUCAGGCCAUGCCUCCCCCAACACUCAACGCCCCUGGAGGUCAUAGCUUCCCCGCUGAAGCUAGAGCAGGACGUGCAGGGGAAAGUAGAUUCAUUUCGGGCCCGCAUUGCCCAGGAGGCCGAGGAUCUGGUGUCCACCUUCUUCCCUCAGAAGCUGUCAGAGCUGGAUAGUUGGGUUCAGGAGCUCCACCUGCAAGACCUAUCCAGAAUACGUUUGGUGCCAGCCCCAGAGACCCCCGUCGCCCCAGACACUGAGGGGGAUGGGCCCAACCGGGAUCCGCUGCCUCUGCAGACCCAGUCCUCCAUCAAAGUACUAGCAAUGCCAGGCGGCGAGGGGCAGCUUCUGCGAAGCAACCAGCAACUGGUGGAGCUGAUUCAGCCCGUAAAACCCGAGAUCGAGCUGCUGAGAGAGGAAUGCAAUACCGUGCGGAUGUGGGUGCAGCUGCUCCUCCCAAGGGCGGAGGACGGCAACAACUUCGGAGUGUCUAUCCAGGAAGACACCGCGGACCAGCUGCAGACCGUGGAGAGCACAGCAGCCUCCUAUCUACACCGCUUCUCCACCUAUUACAACACCCAGGCCAAGUUGGUAUCCAAGAUAGUGAAAUACCCCCGGGAAGAUUAUCGCCGCACUGUAGCCGAGGUCAAGGAAAACGAGUACCAGAGUGUGUGCCAGAUCCUGCUCCACGUACAGAACCAGUAUGCCACCUUGCAUGAUGUAAUCGUCAAAAACAUUGAGAAGAUCAGGACCCCUCGGAGCACCAACACUGACAACCUAUACCGAGGACCUUUCUCCACCCUGCUUUCCUUCAGCAGUUGGCUGAGCUGUUCAGGCAGCUAG